AUGGCGCACAUGACUGGCAGAGGAGGAGGAGGAGGAGGAGGAAGUCGUGGAUCAAAACCCGAAGUUCGGAAAGAUUACACUCAUCUUCUUCACGCCGAACCAAGCAGGAAGGAUCAUGCAGGCAUAAAAUUCGAAGGUUCUGCGGUGGCCGAAUGUGAUAUUUGCUGUCGAGAAUCGGAUCUGUUUGCUGUGGGUGCCUGUAUGCAUCCAGUAUGUAUCGAGUGUGGCAUUCGACUACGGGUUCUCUGUGGAAAUGAAACGUGCCCAAAGUGCCGUGCAACCGUUGAUACGGACUGGAAACAUCGAGUGCUGGCGCAUGCGUAUCGCUCGAAUUCCUCAGUCGAGUCUCAGCGAGAUAACUCCAUCCAUUUUUAUGCAUUUUUGCUGUGCAGUCCAAUAGCUCCGUUACAGCGAGCAAAAACGUAA